AUGAUAUCUGUUCCUAUUUCUCCACCUGCUUCUCCUGCAGACAUCACAAAAUCCAAGCCUGAGGUCAAACUGAAUAAAGGCCACACCAGAGCUGUGGUGCCUGUAAAUUUAACCAAAGACAUCGAACGGGCGACUUUGACGCUGGCCAAGGCUUUCCACGAGUCUCGUGCCAACGACUACCUCAUGAAAAAAUUUGCUAAUAUUUCGGUGCAUGAAAAAGUGUCGAAAAUGCGUAUCAACGCAGUUCUUCAUUACUUCAACACCGAGUUUUCAGAUAAGGGCGGGGAGAUUGUUGAGGCCAACGAUUUCGACGCCGUGGCUGUCUGGACCGGCCCUGGCUACCACUUCGACCAGGAUCUUACUAACGACCCGGUUUUCAACAAGAUCUUUUUCGACGAUUUGCACGACAAGCGCGAACAGCUUCUACAGGACGUUGAUUGCUAUUAUCUGUUUAUUAUCGGCAAGGAUCUGUCGCAACCAGAGGUUCGUGGCUCGGUCAGAGCCAUUUUCGAGCAUUACAAGCAAAGAGCUGACGCAGAGGGCGUCGCUCUGGUCCUUGAGGCCAUUAACGAGCAUGCCAAAUCCGUUUACGAGUAUUUCGGCUUUAAAAAUUAUUACACUUUCACGUAUGGUGUGGGUGAAGUGGAUUCCGAGGGUAAUCCAGAUCCCAACGGUGAAGGUUUCACGGGUUAUUUGAUGUUAUAUUACAACGGCGACUUGCCGGGUGCAAAAGACGUUUAG